AUGACUACAUAUUACACUGAACGUGGAAGUAGUGGUAGUCAAUACUAUUUUAAUCCUAAUUGUUCUACUACUUCACAAUCAUAUCCAAAUUAUUCUUCGCCUCUAACAACAACAAGAACAUAUGGUACAUCGGAUUAUUCAACUUAUCCUGUGGGAAUAUCAAGUGUAAAUUCACCACGUCAACUAAUUCGCUUAGACAGAAUUAUAUAUAAUCAUGAUGAUCCAUAUCAAUUACCAGUAAAUAAAAGUCAAGCUACUACACGAUUGGCUAAUAGUCAAGAUCAAUAUCGCUCUCAACGUUCAACAAAGCCAAUACAAAUUUCACCGCAACAUCAACAUUUUCAAUUUGAUUCUCGUCAUCAACCAGAUCGUUCAAUGAAUCCUGUGAUAGUUUAUCAAACUCCGGGUGCUACUAAAUAUACACAUCGGAAUGCUGAUAUAUGGACUGCAAAUCCAUCUCAAGGUCAUGAUCAUCGUAUAAAAGCUCUGUGGGUAUCAGUUCGAUCAGUAUCUACUGCUGCUCCUCAACAAUCAUCUUCAUCUGCUCAUUAUCAUCAAGGACAACAUCGCUCGCAAGCUAGUAUUGUUGGAGAACAAUAUUAUCGACAAGUAUCUCCAACUCAACGACAACGCGGUCGAUCAGAAGCUGAACGACAACGACAAGAUGAAGAAGAUUAUUAUACAGCACAACGUAUAAUGGCUGCUCAAAGAAUGAAACAACAACAACAAGAACACUUCGAAAAUCCUGCUGGAAUUCAAGAUCUUAUGAGUACAUUUUCUGAUUCAGCAUCAGUUCAAAUAUACGAACAAAGAUCAAAAACAAUAUUACCCAAACACCAUUCAAGUGAUGCAUCAAAUUCUGGUUCAUGCCCAACAACGAUAACACGAAUACCACCGAUGCUGUCAAUAACUUAUUCAGCAUUACCAAAACAUCUGGAACCACCUGUUAAUACUAUUGAAUUUUAUCAAAUGCAAAAACAACAACAACCUAAAAACCAAUUUAUCAAUGUUCAACAAGUAGUUGCUCCAUCACAUAUUCAACAUGCACCAGCCCGUUUUAGUAUACUAAACGAUCGAUUUCAAACAGGAUCAUAUCCAGAAAAUAUGUAUAAAACAACAAAUAUACAUGAAAAUCAUAAACAAAAGCAACAACAAACAAGAACUGCCGAAAAUACCGUGUCAUCAUUCCGUAAUCAAUACAUGAAUAAAGCACAAGAAUCCGAGCAACAUGAAAUAUCUACACAACAAGUUCGAAAUAUUUCAAGAACAAUUCUUGGAGAAGAUUUACCUCAACAAAAGGAAACCCAAAUCUCUCAACAACAGCAAGCUCAAACACCACAGUCUACUCAACAAGAACAACCUCAAGUACCAGAAACGAAAAAACCACUAAGUCAACUAGCACAACCUACUCAACAACAAUCUCCAGCAACACAAGCUACUAAACAAAAACAGCCUACCGACAAACAACAUCUUCAGGGACCACAAACUACUUAUAACCACCAACAACACCUUCAGGCACCGCCGCCAAUUGAGAAACAGCAGCAUCAGGCACCGCAACCAACUGAAAAGGCACAGCAAUCUCAGGUACCGCAGCCAACUGCAAAACAACAACCUGAGGCACCCCAACCAACUGCAAAACAACUACCUGAGGCACUCAAACCGACUGAAAAACAACAACCUGAGGCACUAAAACCAACUGAAAAAGCACAACAACCUCAGGUACCGCAACCAACUGAAAAAACUCAACAACCUCAGGCACCCCAAUCGGCUGCAAAACAACAACCUGAGGCACCACAAGCAACUGAAAAACCACAACAACCGCCAGCACCACAAACAACUCAACAAAAAGAAACAAUUGAAAAACCACAACAACCUCAGCCGCCACAACCAACUGAGGAAGCACAACAACCGCAGGCAUCGCAACCAACUGAAAAACAACAACCUGAGACACCACAAGCAACUGAAAAACCACAACAACCUCCAGCACCACAAACUACUCAACAAAAAGAAACAACUGAAAAAACACAACAACCUCAGCCACGACAACCAACUGAGGAAGCACAACAACCGCAGGCACCGCAACCAACUGAAAAACGACAGCCUGAGGCAUCACAACAAACUGAAAAACAACAACCUCCAGCACCACAAACUACUCCACAAAAAGAAACAACUGAAAAAACACAACAACCUCCAGCACCACAACCAAUUGAGGAAGCACAACUACAGCAGGCACCGCAACCAGCUGAAAAACAACAACCUCAGGAAGCACAAGCUACUCAACAAAAAGAAACAACUGAAAAAACACAACAACCUCAGACAUCACAAACAACUGAAAAAACACAGCAACUUCAAGCACCCGAACCAAUUGAAAAACAACAACCUAAGGCACCACAAACUACUGAACAACAUCAACCUAAAACAGCACCAUCUACCCAAAACGAACAACCUCAGACAGUGCAGCCUACUGAAAAACAACAACCUAAAUUAGCACAACCUAUUCAAAAACUACAACCUAAAACACCACAACCUUCUCAAAAGCAACAUCCUCAAGCACUACUAAAACCUAUAAAACAACAAAUAUACAUGAAAAUCAUAAACAAAAGCAACAACAAACAAGAACUGCCGAAAAUACCGUGUCAUCAUUCCGUAAUCAAUACAUGA